AAAAAAAAAAAAUUGUAGUUUUUUCACUUGAUAGCAACUUGUGGUUAUGGACUAAUUCCUCUGGGAAGUAGGCCUUCUCCCAGAUUUUUCUAUAAAAGAACUUGCCUUGUGAUUCAAAGCAGCACCGCAACUCAAACCCAGUUUUUUUUAAGCCAUGAAUUUCUGUAAAACUAGAACUCACAAUUUCUUUACAUGUCUGACACUUUUUCUAGCCAACUUUGUAAGAUUAAGCCAAUCCUAUGCUAAAAAAACACAACUUGAGGAUACCCUUCACGUUAAUCACUUUCUGAACAAAAUUCAACAAUGGAGCAGUCAUCAAGUUACAGCAUCAACUGUGAUAGCAGGACUUCUAUGUUUCAUAGCUGCUUCUAUAUCACGUGCCGGUGGGAUUGGUGGCGGGGGACUUUUUAUACCAAUAUUAACUUUAGUCGCUGGUUUAGAACUUAAAACUGCCACAAGUUUCUCAGCUUUUAUGGUCACUGGUGGUUCAACUGCAAACGUUAUGUACAAUAUUUUAGUUACGAGUUCGAGAUUUGGUGGUAAGAUUGUGACUGAUUAUGAUAUAGCACUUUUAUCACAGCCAUGCAUGUUACUUGGAGUGAAUAUUGGAGUUAUUUGCAAUCGGGUUUUCCCGGAGUGGCUGGUUACUACUUUGUUUGCUGUUUUCCUUGCGUGGUCUACGUUCAAGACUUGUAGAAAUGGGUUCUUCCAUUGGAAAUCUGAAUCAGAAAGUGUUAAUAGAUGUGGGGUAUUGAGGGAUGAGAGUUAUGAUGAAAUCAGCAAAGGACCUUUGUUGAACAAGGAAGAAAUCAACAACAAAGUGAAGUUUCCACGCAUUAAACUUGGUGUCUUAGUUAUGAUCUGGCUUUCUUUCUUUGUUCUCUAUCUUCUUCGCGGCAAUCGUUAUGGACAGGGCAUUAUAACAAUAAAGCCUUGUGGAGUGGGAUAUUGGAUUAUUUCCUCACUUCAAAUUCCUGUUGCUAUAGUUUUUACAACAUGGAUCCUGUGCAGAAAAGAGUGCAACCAAAAUAAAGCUCCGAACCAUCAGGAGAGGGAUAUAGAAGAUAUAAUUAGCAGUGGACCAUCAAAGAAGCUUAUUUUCCCGUUCAUGGCACUAAUGGCUGGGAUCAUGGGGGGACUUUUUGGAAUUGGAGGUGGUAUGCUUAUAAGCCCACUUCUUCUUCAUGUUGGGAUACCACCUGAGGUAACAGCCACGACUUGUUCAUUCAUGGUUUUCUUCUCAUCUACAAUGUCAGCAUUCCAGUACUUGCUACUGGGCAUGAAGGACAUAUACACUGCCCUCAUUUUUGCCAUCAUUUGUUUUAUUGGAUCACUUGUUGGAUUGCUGGUGAUAAAGAGAGCUAUACAGAAAUUCGGAAGGGCUUCCUUGAUUGUAUUUUCAGUCAGUAUAGUUUUGACUUUAAGUGCAAUUUUGAUGACCAGCUUUGGAGCUCUCAAUGUUUGGAGAGAUUACACAUCUGGGAAAUAUAUGGGGUUCAAACUACCCUGUUAGAUACAAUUUUGUACUUCAGGCUUUUUAUAUCUGAAACUAUCAUGUGAAGCUUUUCUUGUAUAAUGAAAAAUAAAAAGCAGCUGGAAUUGAUAAGAUAAAUAAUUUGUUGAAUAACAAUGCAACAAGUGAGAUACAAUUUGAGAGGUCAAAAUUGGCAUAAUAAAGUUGCCAGAUUUCUUAUA